UACAGAUGCCAUUUCAUCCGGUGAUGAUGAGGACGACACGGAGCGAUCGGAAGAUGUCGGGGUGGACGGCGAGCAAAUGCUGGUGCCAUAUUGGACCUCGCCGGAUAAGAUGGAGAAGAAGCUGCACGCCGUCCCCGCGGCCAACACUGUGAAGUUUCGGUGCGCGGCGGCAGGAAAUCCCAAGCCUGAAAUGCGCUGGCUGAAAAACGGAAAACCCUUCAAACAGGAUGAUCGCAUGGGCGGUUACAAGCUCCGACUCCAGCACUGGACUCUAAUCAUGGAGAGCGUGGUCCCCUCUGAUAAAGGAAACUACACCUGCGUGGUGGAGAACGCUUACGGAUCCAUCAAUCACACCUACACGCUGGAUGUAGUAGAACGCUCUCCUCACCGGCCCAUUCUUCAGGCAGGCCUUCCAGCCAACGUCACUGUGCAAGUCGGAGAGGACGCUAAGUUCAUCUGCAAAGUUUACAGUGACGCUCAACCUCACAUCCAGUGGCUGCAACACAUUAUGAAGAACGGCAGCCGUUACGGUCCUGAUGGACUCCCCUACGUCCGGGUGUUGAAGACGGCAGGUGUGAACACUACGGAUAAAGAGAUCGAGGUGCUCCACCUGCCUAAUGUAACUUUCGAGGAUGCGGGCGAGUAUACGUGCUUGGCGGGUAACUCUAUUGGGAUCUCCUAUCACACUGCUUGGUUGACGGUGCUUCCAGCUGAGCCAGAUGCCAUCGAGCCGGACUAUCCUCCAGACUAUGUGGAGAUCGCCAUCUACUGCAUAGGUGUCUUUCUCAUCGCCUGUAUGGUGGUGAUCGUGGUGGUUUGUCGAAUGAGGACGUCGGCUAAGAAGCCUGAUUUCGGGAGUCAGCCGGCAGUGCACAAGCUGACCAAACAGAUCCCUCUGCGCCGCCAGGUAACAGUGUCGUCUGACUCCAGCUCCUCCAUGAGCUCUAGCACACCAUUGGUCAGGAUCACCACUCGCCGUAGCUCCGCCCACGACGACCCCAUCCCAGAGUACGACCUCCCUGAGGACCCUCGCUGGGAGUUCUCCAGAGACAAGUUAACUCUGGGUAAACCUCUUGGCGAGGGCUGCUUUGGGCAGGUUGUGAUGGCUGAAGCUCUGGGCAUCGACAAAGACAAACCUAAAGAGGCCGUGACGGUGGCUGUCAAGAUGCUGAAAGAUGAUGCAACAGAGAAAGAUCUUUCUGACCUGGUGUCAGAGAUGGAGAUGAUGAAGAUGAUUGGCCGGCACAAGAACAUCAUCAAUCUGUUGGGAGCGUGCACACAGGACGGUCCGUUAUAUGUCAUAGUAGAGUAUGCAUCGAAGGGAAACCUUCGGGAGUAUUUAAGGGCCCGGCGGCCCCCAGGAAUGGAGUACUCAUACGAUAUUGCCCGAGUUUCAGAUGAGCCUCUCACUUUCAAAGAUCUGGUGUCCUGCACUUAUCAAGUAGCUCGAGGCAUGGAGUAUUUAGCCUCACAGAAGUGUAUACACAGGGAUCUGGCUGCCAGGAAUGUGUUGGUCACGGAAAGCAACUUUAUGAAGAUUGCAGACUUCGGCCUGGCCAGAGACGUCCACAACAUAGAUUACUAUAAAAAGACCACAAAUGGUCGUCUGCCAGUGAAAUGGAUGGCUCCAGAGGCACUGUUCGACCGAGUCUAUACGCACCAGAGCGAUGUCUGGUCGUUCGGGGUUUUAAUGUGGGAGAUCUUCACGCUCGGUGGUUCUCCGUAUCCAGGAAUACCUGUCGAGGAGCUCUUUAAGCUACUAAAAGAGGGUCAUCGCAUGGACAAGCCUGCUAACUGCACCAACGAAUUGUACAUGAUGAUGAAGGACUGCUGGCAUGCGAUCUCUUCCCACAGGCCCACAUUCAAACAGUUGGUCGAGGACUUGGACCGGAUUCUCACUUUGGCAACCAACGAGGAGUAUCUGGACCUGUGCGCCCCAGUGGAGCAGUAUUCUCCCAGCUUCCCCGACACACGCAGCUCCUGCUCCUCCGGAGACGAUUCGGUCUUCUCCCACGAGCCCUUAGCAGACGAGCCCUGCCUUCCCAAGUACCAGCACAUCAACGGAGGCAUAAAAACAUGAGCCUCUUCAGCCUUCUCCAGACCCACCACAUCCAAGCUAUGUUUGCAGUUCUCAACAAAACUGAGAGACUAUUACCCACAAUUCCCUUGUCCCCAUCCAGAACCGUAUGCUGCCUCUAGACUCCUUGCAAAGCUCCCGCUGGACUUUCGGAGCGUGCCAAAGGAGGCUGAGACGUCAGCAGUGCUGCUUUUCCGGAAAGAAACUGAAGUGUGUGAAGCGCUGGUGCCUUUUUUUGUGGAAACGCACACUUGCGCACACAGAAACAUGUGACCAAGCUCUUAAAAAGAGGAUGAGGACUGAAGAAAAGUGACUGCUUUUAAUGACCCACCUCUUGCUUUUUUUGUUUAUUUUGAUGAUUCUUUUCCAUUUGUGUUGGAAUUCUAUUACAUUCUUGCCAUCAUUCCAUUGCUUGGCAUUCCAGGAUUCUGUGUUCCCGAGAGAAAUGAACGAUGGAGCACCGAACUCUUAAGAGACAAAAAGGAGAAAAUAGGAUAUGAGUACAAUAAGGAAACAUACAACUAACAGAAGAAGAAGAAGUAGAAGAAAACAUAACACUGCCUCCAGUUGAUUUUUUUUAUUUUAAAUUUUUUAAAAUGCUCCGUUUUUACCAUGAUAACAUAGUUAUCAUACAAAAAUCCAGAGCAGUUAUCCUUAAUGGUUAAAAAAUUAAUAAUA